CUCUGCAGCCUGUCGCUCUACGUUUCUCGCGUCGAUCAGCCCAUCGUACCCACCAGCUUAGCUAAGCCCUACAGUGUGCCUGUAAAUCUCUUCUUUUAGUGUGACGGAAUUGAGAGCAAUCUCCUGAAGACCCUACACUUUCUGCGUCAAUUGCCCUGUCUUUGCCCCUUGUUGUAGGUUUGCAGGACCAUUCUCUGAACCAAACGCCGCUGAAGCCCGCUGGUUGGGGUUUCACGUUCCUGAUCUAGUAUCAACCUACAUUCGCUGGCUCGUGGGAAUUUGAAGAAUUACUUUAGCAAUUGUGAAAAUGGGUUCUCAUAGUGACUUGCCUGCCAUGCAAACAAACCCGAAGAUUAUCUUCUUUACGGACUUUGAUGGCACCAUUACCUUGAAAGACAGCAAUGAUUACAUGACCGAUAACCUUGGCUACGGACAAGAGAAGCGCCGGGCUGGGAAUAAAGCCGUUCUGGAUGGCACGAUUACUUUCCGUGACUCCUUCCGCGAAAUGCUGGACAGUGUCAAGAACCCAUUUGACGAGUGCAUCCGCAUCCUUUGCGACAACAUGAAGCUGGAUCCCUACUUUACCGAAUUCUACAACUGGGCUAAAGCACAUAAUGUGCCCAUCGUCAUCCUGUCUUCCGGAAUGGUUCCCAUCAUCCAUGCACUACUCGUGAAGCUUUUGGGCCAGGAGCCAGAUCACAUCCAGAUCGUCGCCAACCAAGUGAAGGCGAGAGAAGGAAAAAGCAUCAACGAGGAAUGGGGCUGGGAGAUCGUUUAUCAUGAUGACAGUCACUUUGGCCAUGAUAAAUCACUUGAGAUCAAGCCAUAUGCCGCUCUUUCGUCCGAUGAGCGUCCUACUCUCCUCUAUGCGGGAGAUGGCGUUUCUGACCUUUCAGCUGCCUCCCAGACGGACUUGCUUUUUGCAAAGAAAGGACAUGACUUGAUCACCUACUGCGAACGCGAAAAGAUUCCGUUUACUGUAUUCGAGGACUGGUCCACAAUUCUGGAAAAGACCAAGGAGAUCUACGAGGGCAAGACCAAUCCAAAAGUCAUUGCUGAGCAGCAAUUACAAGAUGCAUAGAUUGGCGUUCCCUUGUGACGUUUUUCUUUCUCCGGCUUCAUGCGGCUGUGCCGUUUUGCUGGAGCUAGAAUAAUGCCCUUAUCAGGUUCUUGACUUUCUUUCCUUCUUAGAAGAACCAACCUACAUAGCAUGCUUAGACAUUGCUUGACGAAUAGAGAACACCUAUGAAAUAGAAUGGAAUUAUUUCAGUUUG